ACAUCCUCCUUCGUCACUGUCUCAGUAGUAUCAUGUGUAAACAGUGCAUGUGGAACCGCAUACGUGUGAUAAGGAGAUGAAACUAUUUGAAAGAAACAAGAAUUUCAUUGUAUAUAAAGAACAUGAUCCAUCAGUCCUGACGAGCUAUCAAAUAUCGAAAUAAGGCAGUUCCCAGACGUUAUUAACUACAGUCAAAGCAUUCACUAUCAAAUACUUGACGGCAGCUGCAGGUGUAUCACAAAUACGGGAAACCAAACCGGAAACGGCACCAUCCAGAAAAUUUGAGUUUUUAUCCCAGAUUCUUUUUCAAGUACAUAUAAGUACUGGAUAACUACUAUGAGGUUUGAUGAUAUUUUGAAAGCCGUUGGAGAAUUCGGACCCUAUCAAAGACGGAUAUACAUUUUGGUCUGCCUUCCAAUUAUCUUCAUUGGUGUAUCCGACGUAAACAACGCUCUACUUCUCUUCUCUCCAAAACACAGGUGCGAUGACUACAAUGUAUUUAGCAAUUCUCAAGGGUACUCGGAGGGAUCAAAUGAACAAUACGCAAACUUUACCGAGCAAUUUCUACAAUAUGAGGAAGCUAAUGUGUGUUUCACACAUCUGUUUAACUCAACCGAUAAACUUUUUGAUCCUCAGCCAUGCACGGCCUGGGUAUAUGACCAGUCUGUAUUUCUAGAAACGUUCGUCUCUAAGCAUGACCUGGUGUGUGAAGAUGCUGAUAUCCCGACCUAUAUGCAGAUCCUUAUGUACUCUGGAGCGCUGGCGGGAUCCCUUACUCAGGGAUUUUUCGCCGACAGAUUUGGUCGACAACGAGUAAUCUGCUACAGUCUUGCCAUUGUAUUCGUGUCAGGACUUAUCUCAGCGUGGUCACCAAACUAUUAUGCAUUUACUUUAUUACGAUUCUUUCAGAUCAUGGCAUCUCGUGGUGUUUACAUAUCAUCAUUUAUUCUAGCUAUAGAAAUGGUUGGCCCUUCUAAACGUCAGUGGGCCGGGUUUCUGUUUAACUAUCCAUAUUCUGCUGGGAUCGCAUUGCUUGCUGGUAUAGGUUACGGUCUACGUCACUGGAAGUAUAUCCAGAUUGCGUGUACAGCACCAAUGCUGCUUUUUGCCAUAUACUGGUGGAUUAUACCCGAGUCUCCACGAUGGCUCAUUCAUCGAGGAAAGAUAGAUCAAGCCAGGAAGACGGUGCUAAAAAUGGCCGCGUCGAGCAAUACCAUGAAUUGUGUUCCUUCGCAUGCGGACAUGUUUGAAAAGACUGAGAAAAGAUUGCAGAAAAAACAAAGCAUCUUUGAUUAUUUUAAACGUCGUUCUCUGCUUUGUCAGUCAAUCGUGAUAUUUUUUAAUUUUUUUGUGGUAUUCCACUGCUUCUAUGGUUUCACAUUAAAUAUCGGAAACCUGGCGGGAAACUUCUAUCUAAACUUGUUGCUGGGUGGUAUCGUUGACUUCCUCGGUUACACAAUAACCCUCCUAUCCGCUGGCAGGAUUGGCCGGAAAAAAAUGUACAUAUCGGGAAUGGCAGUGGCUGGAUUGUCACUCCUGGGAAGUGGUGUUACAUCUGUCCUCGCCACAGCAGGUUUAAAGUUUAUAUCUGUUGUGCUGGCAAUGAUAGGAAAGAUUGGGAUGGCAGUAGGUUACAGUGUCAUAUACAUGUGGUCAGCGGAACUGUUCCCAACUGCAGUCCGAAACACUGGUAUGGGGAUGAGUACCUCAAUGGGAAAUAUGGGUUACAUGGCGGCACCAGGAGUUGCAAGAUUGAUCUUGGUGGUUCCAGGACGAGUAGGGCGUGCAGUACCACUUUUCGUGUUUAGUUUCCUCUGCCUUUUCGCAGCAAUUAUGACAUUGGCUCUUCCGGAAACUCAGAAUAUGAAUCUUCCGGAAACAGUAGCUCACGCUAAGGCAAUGAAGAGAGAUACCAGACACAAAUUGACUAAAAAGGAGACAUUACUGGAUUAAAAUAAUUUAUCCAGUAUCAACACUUAAGCAUAGAAUAUGUUAAGUAGGUCGUUCGAAUAUAUGUGCAUCCAUACCCCGUGCUGAUUUUCUUUGUCAUCAUUUCAACAGAAGUUAUUUCAUUACCUUUUCAAUUUUAUUGAUUUCUUUAUCGAACGUUUUACAUUUAUCAGAUUAAUUUUGAUACCCGCGAUCACUGAUAUAAUACGAUAAAACUGAAAGAGAAAAAAAGAAAUAAAUAAAAUGCCAACAUGUCAAUACAAUUAUAAUACAGACACUGAUUCAAUAAAAAUAAUAAGGCAAAGAUGACAAAAAAAAAUCUACAUGGAGAACCCUAAAAAAGUACAAGGGGGCAUGACCUGGUGUUUCGGAAGAGUAAGCGUCUUCUGCAUCAUUGACGACACCAGCCAUGUAAAUUUUGGUAAAUCCAAGUAAGUAAUGUCACAUUCUCAAACGAGAGCAAAGUAUACAAACAGGCAAAAUAUCAGGCAUCAAACACACUCUUUUUUCUGUACAACUCACUGCUGCUGCUGCUAGUAAAUAAAGCGGUGAAUAUCCAAAGUAGAAAUUUGAAAAAAGUACAUGAAAAAGGAGGUUUUCAGGAAAGAUGUAGGGAGGUUUAGUGGCAAAAUUAAAAAAAAAAAACCUGCUGUAGCAUGCCAGGUGCUCGGUGACUGAAACGAAGUGAUUUAAAUGGCCGCUUGUAUCCUAAUCUUUUCUAUUUCAUUUUAUUUUGUCAUGAUUUACCUAAUUAUCUUUCUUAUUUUGUUCCCUAACGAUAAAGUAUAUACAUGCUUUACCAAAAUGAAGUCGUUUUGAAUCAGAUUUGCUCGACUUGCGAUUUGAUUUCGUAUAAUUUACAAAUCACAAGAAAAAAGGGUGACGAACAGUAAUGCUGCUUUCGUCAUUUUCAAUCUAAAUGAAGUAUAAAAGAAAAUAAUUAUGUCCAAAACUUCGAGUACAAAUAGCGAAAGAGUUUAAAAACAUCUUUGGAAUCAAGAUAAUAGGUACUUAAACGAUGAGAAUAAUAUCACAUUUAUCUUCCGAACUCAAUAAAUGCAGACACGCCGGCGAAAUUAUUCAAUUAAUCACAAGUAC